AUGGUCUCUGCUAAUUCCGUGAAACAAGCCGGGAAGCGAAUCAUCGGGUAUCCCGACGACCCCGUACCUACCAUUUCCACGACCGAUUGGUUCAAAAGUAAUCUCCUUGUGGAACCUACGAGCUUCGUAUUCCACUAUGUCAGGCGUCUGUUCCCAAUCCUUAGUUGGAUCUCCAGAUACAACUUGGGCUGGCUUACUGGCGAUCUGAUCGCCGGUGUGACUGUUGGUAUCGUGCUCGUUCCCCAAUCUAUGGGCUAUGCGCAAAUCGCUACUCUCUCCUCUGAGUACGGUCUCUACUCGGCAUUCGUCGGCACGCUCAUCUACUGUCUUUUCGCCACGUCAAAAGAUGUCAGUAUUGGACCUGUGGCCGUCAUGUCCUUGACGGUCUCCCAGAUUAUCACCUACGUGACCGACAGACACGGCGAUCAAUGGUCGGCUCCAGAAAUUGCUACCACUCUCUCCCUCAUUUGCGGUUUCAUCGUCCUCGGUAUCGGCUUACUCAGGCUCGGACGCAUUGUCGACCUCAUCCCGGCACCUGCCGUCAGUGGUUUCAUGACUGGUUCCGCUCUCAAUAUCUUGGUAGGCCAAGUGCCUGGCCUGAUGGGUAUCACCGGAUUCAGCACCCGUGCCGCUACUUACAAGGUCAUCAUCAACACCCUUAAAGGUCUUCCUUUGACAACGUUGGAUGCAGCCUUCGGUCUCGUCGGUCUCUUCUUCCUCUACGCCAUCCGCUACGCCUGCGAAUACCUCUCCAAGCGCUACCCACGUAGAGCUCGCGUUUUCUUCUUCAUCUCCGUACUGAGGAACGCCUUCGUCCUCAUCGUCCUCACCAUCGCGUCUUGGUUGUAUACGCGCCACAGAAAGAAUUCCGCUGGAUCCUACCCAAUCAAGAUCCUCAAGACUGUUCCUAGUGGUCUUCGUCACGUUCACGCACCCACGAUUGACUCCGGUCUCAUUACUGCUCUUGCUCCUGAACUCCCGGUCGCUACUAUCAUCCUGUUGCUUGAGCACAUAGCCAUCUCCAAAUCAUUUGGUCGUGUUAAUGGAUACAAGAUCGAUCCUAACCAGGAAUUGAUCGCCAUUGGAGUUACAAACACAGUCGGUUCUUGCUUCGGUGCCUACCCCGCCACCGGUUCUUUCUCUCGUAGCGCAUUGAAGGCCAAGAGUGGUGUCCGCACUCCUCUCGCAGGCAUCUUCUCCUCCAUCUGUGUCAUCGUCGCCCUCUACGGCCUAACCCCCGCAUUCUAUUGGAUUCCCACCGCUGGCCUCGCCGCUGUCAUCAUCCAUGCCGUCGGAGACCUCAUCGCGAAGCCAAGUCAAGUGUACUCCUUCUGGCGCGUCUCUCCUCUCGAGUUCGUCAUCUGGGCAGCCGGCGUCCUCGUCUCCGUCUUCUCGACCAUCGAGAACGGAAUCUACACCACCAUCUGCUCCAGUCUCGCGCUCUUACUCCUCCGUGUGGCCAAGCCUCGAGGAUACUUCCUCGGUCGCGUCCGGAUCGAGAGCGAGGGGUCGUCGAACACGGAGAAAGAGUCCAGUGGCAACUCAAGGGAGAUCUUCGUACCUCUGGAGAAGAACGGCGUCAUCAACCCGCAUAUCAAGAUCGAUCCUCCGGCGCCUGGGGUGAUCGUGUACAGGUUCGAGGAGAGUUAUCUCUACCCGAAUUGUUCGGUCAUGAAUGAGACGUUGGUGGAGUAUGCGAAGUCGAACACGAGGAGGGGCCAGGAUCUGACGAAUGUCAAGAUGGCCGAUAGGCCGUGGAAUGACCCGGGCCCGUCGAAUUUAGCUGCUGCGAUAGAGAUCGAGAGGAACAAACCGCUCUUGGCUGCCAUCGUUCUCGACUUCUCUUCAGUCUCCCAAAUCGACACCACCUCCGUCCAAGCCCUCAUCGACGCGCGCAACGAACUCGAACGAUACACAGACCGUCCCGUCGAAUUCCACUUCGCAUCCAUCCUCUCUCCCUGGAUCCGUCGCGCCCUCAUCGCAGGCGGGUUCGGCACCGGCCUCCCCGCAUCGCACGGACCUCGCGAGAUCGCCCCCGUCAUCCCUUACCGCGACCGCGACCUCUACAGCACCGGCACGCCCUCCGACUCCACUGACACGCCACACUCGGAUAUCGAGUCCGCUGAUGCUGCACGGAGCGGACCGAGGAAGACGAGGCAUGGGUUCGAGGAGGAGGGGGUUGCGGGCGCGAGGCUCGUCCCCGUCGAGACGCCGUUCUUCCAUUUCGAUCUGCAUACGGCGGUCAGGGCGGCGGAGUUGGGGACGGAGAAGACGAGGGCGGCGAGUUUGAAUGGGGGGAGUGCGGAUGUGUCGAGGAGUUCGUCGAGGGCGAGGACGGAGGAUGCGAAGGAGGUGGAGGCGACUGCUGUAUGA